AUAGACAUACAGUUUCAGUCUUCUUCAUACUUUUAGACACAUCAGAUCUGUUUUUUCUAUCGACUAGUGUUAGUCAAACUAUCAUAUAGAACCGGAUUACUGGAGAAUGAAAAAAAGUUUUUCUACUGGAUUAGUAAUUUUGAUACUUAUAUCACAAGCUGUAGGGCGUGGUCACGGUGGUCACGGUGGUCACGGUUCUCAUGGUUCUCACGGAUCCUUUCAUGGAUUUGGUAGAUCGCAUUCAAUAUCUUCACACUCUUCAUCUUCUGGACAUUCUGGAUCUUCGGGACACUCUGAAUCUUCAGGACAUUCAAGUUACUCUGGAUACCACCCACGAUACUACGGAUCUGGUCGUCACCGAUCUUCAAAUUCUUCUGCUAUAUCAAUAAUUUCAUACAAACCGUCCUACCUGAUUGCGACAUCAUUAGCCUGCAUCCUUUGGACAUUAUAAUAAAUAUUGACAUUACUAAUUAAGUGCUAAACUAUAAAUUAUAAAUUUUAAAUCGACAUAAUUAUCAGAUAUUCUUAAUUUGGAAGGUUUAUCUUUAAUUAACUAUAAUAAAUUUAUGACGUAAAAAUUGUUUCUUUGUUUUUAUCGUUGACACUUUUUAUCAUAUAUAUAUUUUGUGAACUGAGAGGUGGCAUGUAUUCAGUAAUCUUUAUGGUUUAAUGACUACUGACAUUUAAAGAUAGUCUAAAUGGAAGUUGUUAUCUUUUUAAGAAUUUUAUUAUCGUUGAGUAAUGUGAGUUAAUAAGUUUUUAAUAAGGACAUCUAUUUCAAUGCUGACAGAUAAAGAACGAAUCUAUAAUCAUCGAACAGAAUGAUACCAUCAUUUUGUUAUUUAGUAAUUUUGAAUGUAAAGUUAAGCCAGUAUUCUAUACUUUGAGCGUUCGAAAAAUAGGCUAUUUUUUAUGAAUUAUUAUUAAGAUUAUGAAUAAAGAUGUGCAUAUAAUGUUUAUUACGCUUAAAAAAUACACUAUUGAAAUACGUUUAACAAAAUUUUAUUACAUAUUUUAUACGCUGUUAACAUUUAAAAACAUUAUUCGAAUACAACGUCUCGA